AUGUCGUUCAGGUCUAGAAGACAGGUUUUGGGACAGGUUGGAGUAACUACAGCUCCAACAGGUAGAAGUCCCAACUUCACCCUUGCUGAAGGUGUUCGACCCUCACCAUUGGAUGGUCGACCGACAGUUUCUACAGGAACAAGAUCCUUAGACUCUCUGCUAGCUGGCCAUUCAGGUCUAGCUCUGGGAAAUUUUCUCCUGAUUGAAGAAAAUGGUACAACUGAUUUUAGUGGCUGCCUAUUAAAAUACUAUGCAGCCGAAGGAGCACUUCAGGGUCACCAAGUCCAUGUUCUUGGUAUGCCUGAGACAUGGGGGAGAGAGUUACCGGAUGUUUCCAGGCAAGAAAAGGCUCCGAGUAAAUUAUAUGAACAGGCAGCAUCAGAAAGAAUGAAAAUUGCGUGGAGAUAUGAGCGACUUGGGGGAUCGACUACGGACACCAGGGUAGAAAGGGAAUUUUCUCACGGAAAUUCGACCUCUACAUUCUGUCACGACUUUGAUUUGACUAAACGUCUCACGUUAUCAUCUUACUCAAAUCUUCACUUUGUACCUAUACGACCAAUACUUAGCUUCGGAGACUUAAACUGUACCCCAUCGCCCUUCUCAAAUUUUCUGGAUUAUCUCACAUCAAAGCUAGAAAAUUCAUCACCUAGCACUAUCCACCGUGUUGUCAUCCCCAAUCUAUUAUCUCCAGCCCUUUAUGUACCAGACUCCUCCAAACCUCAGACAAUUCUCCCGUUCUUCCAUGCCUUGCGAGCAUUUACUCGAAGAUAUCCAACCCAAGUAACUAUCAUGGCAACAUUCCCUCUAACACUUUAUCCUCGCAGCACAGGCUUGACGAGAUGGAUUGAAAUACUUUGUGAUGGUGUAAUAGAGCUCUCUCCAUUCAUAUCAACUAAAAAUUCUUCUGCAGUCCCAUCAGGAGCAACGAAUAGCCAAGACGAUCCGCCCCAAGGCAUAGUUAAGCUGCUCAAACUGCCCGUUUUUCAUGAAAAAGGAGGUGGCAGCGGAGAGAAGAGCGGAUUCAAUGACAACCUGGCAUUUACUUUACACCGGCGAAAAGGAAUGGUCAUCAAGCCUUUUAGCCUCCCCCCUCUUGAGGAAGAUGAGAGUAAACAUAGCUCCCAAGAGCUUGAUGCGAACAAGAUCGCCAAGGAAGAUUUAGAAUUCUGA